CUACUGUUUCCCCCUCUUUGCCACAUGCAGAAAUCUCGUUUUCGUCGCGCAUCAUUCACCAGCUUCCUCCGGGAAAAGGCAGAGACCCGCCGGUAGUACAAAGGCCGGCCGCACAUGCAUGCUACCUGCUAGGUGUCGUACUGCUACUACUGCCACUGUGCACCACCCCACCACCUGCUUCUUCCAGCACAGGCUGACGCUUCAUUCUCCCGUCCUCUCCUCUCCUCUCCUCUCAUCAACCUCUGACCUCCCCGACCCCGAGGCCGCCGUUCGUUCGGUGCCGCAAGCCUGUCCCUGUGCGCAGCAGCGGCGGCGGCUGGAGCUGGUCGUCGGCGCGCAACGAUGGCCGUGCGCUUGCCGCUCGCGCUCGCGGCAGUGGCGGCGGUCCUGCUGCUUCUCCUGUGCCGCGGCGGCGGAGCCGAGGCGCGUGUCCUCCUCACGCUCGACGACUUCGGCGGGGUCGGCGACGGCAUUGCCAACGACACCCAGGCUCUGUUGGACGCGUGGACCGCCGCGUGCACCUCCAGCGAGGAGGCCGUCCUCGCCGUGCCGGCCGGCAAGGCGUACCGGAUCUGGCCCGUGCAGCUCUCCGGGCCCUGCAAGAAGAAGCUCAAGCUGCUGAUUUCCGGCGCGAUCGUGGCGCCGUCGAGCCCCGACGAGUGGGCGGGGCGGGACCCGAUGAAGUGGCUCUACAUCUACGGCGUCGACGGGCUGUCCGUCAGCGGCGGCGGCACCAUCGACGGCAUGGGGCAGCAGUGGUGGGCCAGCACCUGCAAGCGCAAGAAGACCCAGCCGUGCUACUCGGGGCCUCGUCCAAAGGCGGUGCACUUCGAGGAGUGCCGCGGGGUGAGCGUGCAGGGCGUGACGCUGCAGAACGCGCAGCAGUUCCAGCUGACGUUCACGCGCUGCUCCUGCGUGAAGGCCAGCUUCCUGCGGGUGAUCGCGCCGGCGGACAGCCCCAACACCGACGGCAUCCACCUCAACGACACCUCCCACGUCCACAUCACGGACAACCUCAUCUCCACAGGGGAUGAUUGCGUCUCCAUGGUCGGCAAUUGCUCUGACGUCCAUGUGAAAGACAUCUCAUGUGGGCCUGGCCAUGGUAUCAGCAUCGGGAGCCUGGGAAAGAACCGGACCACGGACAUGGUGGAGAACGUGAGGGUCGACACCUGCUUGCUCACCAACACGACCAACGGCGUACGGAUCAAGAGCUGGCAGGGAGGCAUGGGGUUCGCGCGUGACCUGCGGUUCGAGAACAUCCUGAUGAAGAACGUCUCGAACCCCAUCAUCGUCGACCAGUACUACUGCGACCAGCCCACGCCCUGCGCCAACCAGACGCAGGCGGUGGAGGUGCGCAAGGUGGAGUUCGCCAACAUCCGGGGCACGUCGGCGACGGCGCAGGCGAUCAGCAUCGCGUGCAGCGACACCGUGCCGUGCCGGGAGCUGGAGCUGGCGAACGUCAACCUGACGCUGGCGGAGGGCGGCGGCCGGGCCACCGCGCUCUGCUACCGGGCGUCCGGGAAGAGCGUUGGCACCGUGGUCCCGCCGUCCUGCCUCGCCAAGUCCUGAGAGUCAUCAGCUAGUGAAUACACACAUAUGAUUGUUGAUUUGGAGCUGUUGUCAUACCCCAAACGAGCUUGUCGAUUGUACACGCUGUUUUUGACGACAAGGAAACACAGAGAAGAUAUAUUGGAGUUUACGUGCAAAAUGCUGUGUGCUAGAAAGGGGGAGCUCGCUCUCUUUCUAUGUACUAGAACUGCAGUGAAUUGAAGGCAAUAAGCUAUAAAUAUAUGGUAACAGUAACA